AUGCUGCUCAGAGCCGCACGUUUGCCGUGCUGGCGCACGGCGCAAUUCGCAUAUCCGAGCUUCGCCGGCCGGCCACGCUGCACGCGACUUAAUGGAACGCAACUGCGUGUAUUCACAUCGGAUGGCAGCCCAUUGCAGAACAAAUCUACCGAGAAAAAAGAUCAGGUAUCUACGAAAGAUGGUACUGUUACCCCGGCCCCGUCGCAAUUAGCUAGCGUCAACAUUGUCCAAACGCCGAAAGAUGGCGCUGCGAAGACACCAAAGAAGGACUUGCUGAGUGAGCCGAUGGCUGCAGCCAAGGACCAACGAAAGGCAGAUUGGGCGAUCAUGAGGGAAAUGGCCAAGUAUCUGUGGCCAAAGGACGAUUGGGGCACGAAGCUCCGCGUUGGAUCCGCACUAUCGUUGCUUGUUGGUGCAAAGAUUCUCAAUGUGGAGAUUCCCUUCUACUUUAAGAGCAUUGUCGACUCGAUGAACGUGGAUUUUGCUUCCGUUGGCGGUACCGCCUACACUGUAGCUGGGUCGAUGAUCAUUGCUUAUGGUGUGACACGAAUUGGAGCUACAGUGUUUCAGGAACUUCGCAAUGCAGUCUUUGCUAGUGUUGCGCAGAAAGCAAUUCGAAAAGUGGCCUCAAAUGUCUUUGAACAUCUUUUGCGAUUGGAUCUCAACUUCCACCUCUCUCGACAGACUGGUGGUCUAACCCGUGCGAUUGAUCGUGGUACUAAAGGCAUCAGCUUCCUCUUGACAUCGAUGGUCUUUCACGUGGUACCGACUGCACUGGAAAUCUCACUUGUCUGCGGUAUUCUGACUUAUCAAUAUGGUCUCCAAUUUGCUGCAAUCACUACUACAACCAUGAUUGCAUACACGGCAUUCACUAUCACUACCACUGCGUGGCGAACCAAGUUCCGUCGGCAGGCUAACGCAGCCGACAACCGCGGUGCAACUGUUGCUGUAGACUCACUUAUUAACUAUGAGGCUGUCAAGUACUUCAAUAACGAGAAAUUUGAAGUUGCGCGAUACGGAAAGGCCUUGAAGAACUAUGAAGACGCAUCUAUCAAGGUCACCACCUCCUUGGCAUUCCUCAACUCUGGUCAGAAUAUGAUCUUCUCCUCUGCGCUGGCCGCAAUGAUGUACCUGGCCUGCGAUGGAGUUGCAACCGGCGCCAUGACUGUCGGUGACCUGGUCAUGGUGAACCAGCUGGUCUUCCAGCUCUCUGUCCCCCUCAACUUCCUGGGCUCUGUCUACCGCGAGUUGCGUCAGUCCCUGUUGGAUAUGGAGACUCUCUUCAACUUGCAAAAGGUCAAUGUCACAAUCACCGAACGCCCCAACGCCAGACCUCUUCAACUUAUUCAGGGCGGCGAGAUCCGCUUUGAGAAUGUCACUUUUGGCUAUCACCCUGAGCGCCCAAUUCUGAAGAAUGCCACCUUCACUAUUCCCGCCGGACAGAAGUUUGCCAUUGUUGGCCCUAGCGGCUGCGGCAAGUCUACAAUUCUGCGUCUCCUGUUCCGCUUCUACGAUGUCCAAUCUGGCCGCAUCCUCAUUGAUGGCCAAGACAUCCGGGAUGUGAGCCUUGACAGUCUCCGCAAGAUCAUUGGCGUGGUCCCACAGGAUACACCCUUGUUCAAUGACACAAUUGCCCAUAACAUUCGCUACGGGCGAAUCGAUGCAUCUGACGAAGAAGUGCGCCGUGCUGCGGAGCGGGCCCACAUCCACAAGCUGAUCGAAGGUCUACCGGACGGCUACGAGACCGCCGUUGGCGAGCGCGGCAUGAUGAUCUCUGGUGGUGAGAAGCAGCGACUGGCAAUCUCUCGCUUGAUUCUGAAGGACCCUCAAUUAUUCUUCUUCGACGAGGCACAACUCACCUAUACCAAGACAUCCGCCCUCGACACCUACACAGAGCAGGCCCUCCUCCAGAAUAUCAACAGCAUCCUCAAGGAACGGAGACGCACUAGUGUAUUUGUGGCGCACCGUCUGCGCACUAUCUGUGAUAGUGACCAGAUCCUGGUCCUGAAGGACGGUCACGUAUCAGAGACGGGCUCGCACCGUGAACUACUGGAUCGUGAUGGAAUCUAUGCAGAACUCUGGAAUGCUCAGGAACUGUCCAUGGCUCAGGAUUUGGAGUUCGAGCGGAACCAAGGCGAAGAUGAGAUUGAAACGAAGCCGUGA